AGGGAAAGCUCUUGUAGUUGAUACCCUUCACACUGCUGUUUUCAUAUUUAUCUGCUCAAUGAAAGACACUUAUUUAUUUUAUACUGGAAUCUCGUGCAAAUGGCCCAGGUGUCAGUUAUGAAGAAACUCGACUCUUUUUCUGAUCCGGUUCAACUGUUGAGCUGAUCUGCCAUCUCAACUUUUUUCGCUCCCUAACGACUGACACGCACAAGAAUCUGCAAGGGUUGGUUGCGCCCCAAACUUGGUUACUCAGAGUCACCAGCUUGUUUUUGACAUGUGAAAGCUCAGCUCGCGUGGUGCAGAUGCACCCCGCAGGUUCCUCUUUUUUUUCCCCCGACGUCGAUCACGUACGCGUUCUUACUGGGUAUUACAGCUUCCCACCUUUACCCAGCCGACAAGGUGGCACAUUGUUUCACUCGACCCCGUGCCUGCAUCCAUUCCGCGAUAUUAUCCCGGAGAUGAAAGCUGCAUGGUUGGAUGCUAGUGUGGUACAAUUCCUCACUACAUUCUACAGAAGCCUUAGUUCGGGCGAUAUGUCACUGGCCCCUCUCGCAUCUUGUCAUGUGCGGCGGGUGUCUGCGGUAAUGGAAGAGCGAUGUGAAGGUUUCCUGAUGGUGACGAACGUAUGUGGACGGCGUCUUGUUGCUGGACUACCGGCUAGUGCCCGUAGGUGGAGAGGAGGGGCUCUUGCACGGGUUGGAUGCUGGCUGUGUGUCCGUACUACUUUGGCGUUGAGUCUGUUCUGCCCUGGACGGGAAACGAACGGUGACUGGAAUGGCGUGGGGUAUCGUGAGGGCGGGAGCGCUGGUGGCGGAUUGGCGACCUCCGGUAGGAGGUGCCCAUUCGCAGGGAGGCGGGCAGACGGUCGGGCAAAGGGGGGAGACGGUUGGAAGAGGAGGAGGAGGAGAAGAACGAUGGGCGGUUGGGUCAGCCUACCUCUGGGGCUAGGAUUAUUCCGGUACCCGAUCCCUCCCCUUCCGCUCUGUGAGAGGGAGGAAGGCGUCGUUUCGGGCUCCUUUUUCUGUGAAUUUUUUGCCUCUCUCCAAGUUGGCGCUUGUUUUUUUGGGUUUCUGAUACGGUAACUCAGGGGUUUGUUUGGAGGGUUGUCUCUGCACCUUGGU